AUCACUUCCUUCGUUCGCCUCCUUCGUCCACCCCCCCCCAUCUUUCGUCUCUUCUUUUGCACUUGUCCACUGCAGACAUGGUCUUUGCAUCGGCGUCAAACCCUUCCUCGUCGGCCCUCGACCCUGCCUCGACCCUCGUCGUGGUGAUCCCUUACUCCAACCCUGCUCGCUACAAGCGUCGUCCGGAACUCCUGCGGGCCACUGUCGCCGGCCUGGCCGAGAUUCAAAAGGCCCUCGUCGCCAACAAUCGUCCCGAGCGUAUCCUGGUCGUUGUCUCGGAGCUCGUCUACGAGGGCGACGACUCGGACUUUUCCGAAAAGGCACGGCUCCAGGCAAACCCAGGCCCGGAUCUGCCCAAGGUCAUGCAUCUCAUCUACACCGGCGUCAGCCGCAAGCACGUCCUCUGGUGCAAGGAGAACCUCAUCAACCUUGCCAUCCGCAACCUGACCCAGCCAUCCCAUCCCGCCGGCUCGUACGAGUCCAAGAAGCUCAGCCUCCUCGACCGCCCCGCUGGCGCCUUCAAGUACUUUGCCUUUGUCGACGGCGACAUCGAGUUCGAGAGCCACCAGUUUGUCAUCGAUACCAUUCAGCUGCUGGAAAAGAACCCACGUGCCUGGGUGCAGCUCUUUGAGCGGGCCAACAUCGAGAACGUCGUCCCGACCCAGGUCAAGAGCUUUGGCUUCCAAGCCAACUCGGGACAUGCCUACAAGUCCUACAACAAUACCCAUUCGGAGUACUGGCACCCGGGAUUUGCCUGGGCCAUCCACGCCGAGGCGUUUGUCGCCGUCGGUGGUCUCAUCGACCGAACCCUGGGCAGCGCCGACCGGCACAUGGCCAUGUGCAUCAUCGGCCGUGGCCAGGAGUCGCUCCCCUCCAAGAUCUCUGAGAGCUACAAGAGCAUGGUCCUGGACUGGCAAACGAAGGCCACGGCCGCCGGGCUAGUGAUACGAUCCGUCCCGGGCACCAUCAAGCACUUUUGGCACGGCGACCUGGCCAACCGCAAGUACAUGGAACGCUGGGACAUUCUCACCAAGCACAACUACCGUCCGCUCUUCCACACCACCACGAACGAUCUGGGGCUCCUCAAAUGGUCCUUCUGGGCCGGCUCGACCCUCCGAGCCGAUGUGGCCUCCUAUUUCAGUGCCCGCAACGAAGACGAGUCGCUCGAGGCUGCAAAGGCCCGAUUUGCUGCCGCAAACCCUCGCCCUCAGCCGGGCAACAGAGACGGCCGGAAGCAGCGCUCGGCCAAGGGCAAAAAAUACGUCCACGACCCGCAAUUCAGCGCCGACGUUGACGAUGAGCUUCCAUUUGGCGGUGGCUCUGACUCUCCCAACGGCAAUAUCACCUACAUCUACAAUUCCGACGACUCUGCCUCGCCCAACGGCGAUCACCACCAUCACCAUGUCCACGGCCACCACCACCAUCCCCGCGGCCCGGAUCUGAGCGGACCUGGUACAGAUAACAACUACCCCGGCGCCGAUCUGAGUGGCCCUGGAAACGAUGGCAUGUAUGGCAGCAGGUCGAUCGCCGCCGACAUGAGCAGCGCGGUUGGCCAAGUUGCCGGUGCCAUGAGCGGCCUGUUCAGCGGCGGCGGCAGUAGCAGCUUUGACAACUCAGGCUCGGGCUUCAACAACCCAAGCUCGGGAUUUGAUAGCUCGGGCGCGGGCUCGGGCUCGGGCUCGGGCUUCUACAACAGCACAUCAGCCGGAUUCUUCCCGUCCAUGUACGCUGGCGGCCUCUAGAGAACAGCAAUACAACUUGGUUGGUGUUCGUUGUGCUCUCCUCAAA